UAUUAUUAUUAUUACUAUUAUUAUUAAUUUAUGUAUUUAUUUUCCAUGUAUUUGCCUCCUUGAACCCGACUUUCACUUGGAUUCUUCAGUAUACGGUGCUGCACUGGGGCGCCAAACAUGGAAAUCCGCAGAUCAUUCAGAUGUUCGCUGGGAAGUACAAGGUGGAUGUCAACGGGAAAACGGGGUACACGCCGCUUCAUCUGGCAGCGCAGUUCGGACAUAGGAAGGUGUAUGAAAUGCUCAUCAAUGAUUAUAAGGCUGACGCCAAAAUCCGAGAUUACAGUGGCCGCUUACCCUCGUACUACUUCGAAGACAAGGACCAAAAAGCCAGAAAAGAUAACAUUCGCAAAAUAAAGGCGCGCAAAAAACCCUCAGAAAAAGACCUAGGUUUUUUAAGAAUAGGGUCCCUGAAUGUACGAGUCAAGAAGACAACCGAGGCUUUUAGUAACUUCUUAGGGGUGGGGAGCGGCUCAGUCACCUCCCUGGAGUCAACCAAUGAGAAAGUGCACAAGGGCUGGGGCUCCGCAGAUAACGUCAAUCAGGAAAAUAUCUCUCCAGGCCCUAAAGGCAGCUACGUUAAGAAAAAAUCAAAGAGGCCCUACUCGUCGGGACUUAAUAGUACUCCCGGUACUCCCAAACAGGUGGCAAGGAACGUAAACGUGCCUUGUCAAGUCAACGACUCGGACUCUGAUACGGCUGCUGGAUUUGAUUCGCAGUGGAAGAAUUGAUCCGAUUGAUUUACUACACACGUCACAAUUUGUUUACAGAACGGUGAUUGGAGUCACGCUUCAGAUUUUAAGUACUAUUUUUGUAGCACUUUUACAAUAUACUCAUUUUUUAUAAAA